AAGAACUUCAUAUAGCUAUAAAAGAAGCACCCAACAACAAAGCAACAGGUCUACAAAAUAUAUCAAACGAAAUGCUAAAACAUCUCGAUGAAACAGUACUAUCUCUAUUACUUAACAUCUUCAAUCCUUGCCUAAAUCUACAACAAAUACCA